AUUAAUAUAUUAGUUUGAAUUUAUCGUUAAUUUUUCUCCUCUCCCUGUAAAGACAGUAUCCCGGGUAACCGUUUGUGUUGUCUCCUUAGCUGUCAAAGUGGCGUCAGUGUUUAAAUUUGUUGUUGUGGUCCGCGAGUAUUUUUUAAAAGGUACAAUUUCUGGUCCUACCACAGUGACCAUUUACAAAUAGAAAUGAAGGUGAGCGAUGUGGAGUUCAAGCCCGACGUGGGCACGUUGGAGACCUCUUUAGAGCCUCCCGACUCCCCACUUACGCCCGUAUCGAUCAAAAUAGAGCCGGAUAGCGACGAGGAGUAUCUGCCGGGCAAAUCAGAGAAAAAAAAGCCAAUAAAGUUGCGAAUAAAAAAGGAACAACUGGAAAAACCGAAGAAAAGAAAAAAGAAAUCUUCUUCAUCGAAGAAGAGGAAGCAGGAGCACAAACUGUGGACCUGCCGUAAGUGCUUGCAAGAGUUCGACAGCCGUAAAGGCUUGACCGAGCACUCCAAGUUGCACCACGAAGAGUCUUCCGACGAACACACGUUUAAGCACAACGAAGAACAGGAUCUGUACAACUGUAACACUUGUCAAGCGGAAUAUCCGACCCGAUCAGAGGUCGAGGAGCACAUAACCAAGGUCCACGAAGAGUUCUACUCUUGCGACCAGUGCGAGCACACCUCCAAGAAGGCGUACGCCUUCGCGAUCCACAUGAAAAGUCACUCCAAUGACGAGUACAUGGUGUGUCCUCUGUGCAGCUACACGACCCCCAGGAGAACUUGUCUACAGACCCACAUCAAUAGAGUGCACUACCACAAGUUCUACUACACCUGCGGCACUUGCGGCAAAGGCUUUAACGAUUCUGUGAUCUUUAAGGAGCAUAAUAACGAACAUUUGGGCAUUAAACCGUUCGUUUGCGUGGUGUGCUCGAAGGCUUUCUGCUACUCCAGAUACAUGACGAUCCACCAAACGCGUCAUCACACGGUCUACAUCGAGGGCUCCCUGCACAAGACCCAGUGCAGCAUCUGCCUCAAGGUCUUCUCCAAGGUCACCACGUUGCUAAAGCACAUCACCUCCAAACACUCGCAGGGUGAGGAUCGCAACGAGAAGCGCCACCUAUGCGACCAUUGCGGCAAAGGGUUCGGUACCGGGGACAAACUGAAGAUCCAUUAUCGUAUCCACACGGGGGAGAAACCGUACCAUUGUCGGUUCUGCGACAAGUGCUUCACCAAGAAGGAUUACUUGGUGAUGCACGAGCGAGUGCACACUGGGGAGAAGCCGUACCCGUGCGAGUACUGCGGCAAGUGCUUCAAUCAGGCGUGCUCGUUACGGAUCCACGUGAGGGGGCACACGGGGGAACGACCGUACAUUUGUAAUAUCUGUAACGGGGGGUACAUUUCCAGGGGGUCCUUGAAUUUGCACAUGAAGACUUGUUCCGGGGAGAGGUACGACAUUAUUCAGUGAUCUUGGGUGGGUAUAUGGGUGAAGUCUGAUGGAAUUUCUUUAUUCCUGGAUAAGUUGGAGAGUUAUGGUUAUUACGCAAAAUAGACGGAUUAUGGUUUAUUUUAUUUGUUAAUCGGUGUACUGGGUCUUUUAUUUUUUUGUUAUGUAGAAUCGUUGUGCAAUAAUUUGUUUACUUUGUUGUAUUUUGAUUUAGGUAUAGAUUAAAGUUUUAAUAAACAUAUUAGUUGAUAA